AUCACUGCAAAAUUUAGUUAUCAAUCAAAAUAAAAUACAACGUGAAUGCAAUUUUUGAAUUCAACAUGUUAAUUUUACAUCUCAAAAGAUUUGUUUUUCUGAAUUUCAUCUCGAUUCUACUCUAGUUCUGGUCCUGAGCAUAGUAAAAAAAUUCGUCAACUGCUUCAGUCAAGUAACCCAUUAUUUCAUUCUCUUCCAAUGUGCUUGGAAUUUGUGUCGGUUUCUCCUUCGUAAUAACCGAAAGCAAAAUGCAACGUAGAGCGAUAGAAUUGCUUUUCAAUACUACAUUUAGAAGAGUAUCAGCCCUAUCAACCAUCAACAGAUAUACUCCAUGUUCUCGUUUACAUUUAUCUCGACUCCGGUACAAUGUGGAAACACCGGCUCAAAAAGUUGCAUCAGUCGAACCGAUAAGUGAUUUUUCCAAAUACGAUGGCGACACAUUCGGUACAUUGGCUCCGGAAAAAGAUAUCAACGAUAAACUCGAUGAAAUGCCCGAAGAAGAAGACGAUAAAGUUGAAUUUUUACUCGAAGACGAAACAGGUCGAAAAGUGCGCCGAAAUAUUGGUUAUUAUACCAGAUUAAUCAAAAAAUUCAUCAGUGAAAAGAAGAUCGCUGAUGCCAUCGACGUUCUGGAAGAAAGAAUGCUGAAACGAGACAAAGUCAAACCGGAUUAUUAUAUUUAUAAUUUACUCAUAAAUGGAUGCGCCAGCGUAGGAUACACCCAGAAAGCUUUCAAAUUAUACAAUAAAAUGAAACAAGCUGGGAUAAAAAGGACAGCUCCUACGUAUACUGGACUUUUCAACGCCUGUGCGAAUUCUCUAAUCCCCGAAGAUGCUCUAAUUAGGCUCAAUAAUUUACGAAGACAAUUGGAAGAACAAGGAUUGAUGUUGAAUUCGAUUAAUUACAACGCCAUGAUAAAAGCUUACGCACGACUGAACGAUGUGAAAGCUGCGUUUUUAGUAGUUGACGAAAUGAUGACUAGAAAACUUCCGGUUGACGAGGGCACGUAUUCGUUUUUGUUCCAAGCUUGUAUCUCCGAUAAAGAAGCUGGAUUCAGGCACGCUCUAAUCUUGUGGCAUAAAAUGAGGAGAAGAUCUGUCAAACCGAAUAAGUUGAUUUUCAACCAGUUUUUGAGAUGUGUACGUGAUUGCGGUAUCGGUGAUGUAAAUGAGACCAUCGAAUCGGUGAAAUUAAUAGCCGGACGUGCUAACAAACAUAUGUUAGCUGCUGGAGAUGAAGUAGAAUUCGAUUCGUCAUCGAAACCAGAUUCGAGUACAGAAAACCUACCAGAAAGUUACCAAUCGAACGAUGAAUCUUUGUUAGAGAUGAAAGAAAAUAGACCUAAUUUAUUGGCUCCUGUUCCACAUUUAGGAAGUAUUAUUGAACUGAAAGAAGUUAAUACAUCUACAGACAGAUUAUUAUUAUUGGGAGGUUUCCGUAAUAUUUUGAGAGAAAUGGAACUGCGCGAUGUCAAACCAGAUAUAAAAACGUUUACAAUAUUAUUAGACAUGAUACCAUCGACUAUAGUUGCCGAGGAAGCACUGAUUAAAGAAAUGAAGAGACUCGGUGUCGAUAUGGAUAUAGAUUUUUGCAACAUGUUGAUUAAAAAAAGAGCUUACAGACGAGAUCACGAUAAUGGCCGAGCUGUACUCGAAUUGAUUCAAGCGAAUUUCUUGAACCCUGAUAUCGUUACCUUCGGAGUAUUAGCUCUGUGCUGUCGAACAGCUGCCGAAGCUAAGCUACUUAUUCAUGAUAUGAAACAAUUUGGUUACAGAUUGAACGUAGAAAUAAUCGGAGGAAUGUUGAAACAGGCCUGCUACACUUAUAAUUACGAAUACUUGAAAUUUUUAUUAAAAUUAAUGCUAAAACUAGAAAUCCAACCGAAUGAAAAAGUCAUGCAAAAUUUGAAAAUUCUUAUGAGCUCUGCGUCCAAACAUUUCAAUGUAAAGGAGAACCGUAAAAAAAUCCGAAACGAUGACAACCCAGCGAAUUUCGAACGUUACCAAAUGUUCAAAGAUUACUACAAACAAUGGAGAAAUGAAGUCACCGUGUACAAACCUCCUCACCCUUAUAAACAAUUCCGAGAGCGAUUCGAGCCUCAAAACGAAGAAGAGGAAGAAUUGCUCGAGUUGCAAAAUCAAUCCAACCCUCAAACAAAAUAUAAGAAAUCGUCCGUCCUCGAUGUACCGUUGAAAGGACCAACCAAAUGGCAUAAACCGAAACCGAAAGUACUCGAUUUGAAGAAUUCAAAAGAACGACGUCAAAAUAUGAGAAAACCUCAAGCUGGAAAAUUCAUCGACCGAGAUCAAUCGAACAAAGAACAAGGUACUAGACAAAUUUUGAAAUUUAAACCUUUCAGCGUAGAUGGCUCGGAGGAAAACCAAUCGAGAAAUUCUACCGACAAAUCGAUAUCUGAGAAAGCUGGCAGAAAAAUGAUUUGGAAACGAGCGGAUGAUUCUGCGGAAAGUUGAGCUCAAAAUCAAGUAUUGACUGAGAGAAUCAUUUGAAGAAACGGUAGUAAAAAUUUCGAGGAAGCUGGAAGUCGAGUGAAUAUGUAUCUGAGUUAUUCAAGAGGUUGAAAAUACGUUUGUAAUUUUUGUAAAAUUAGUUGAUCUUUAUAUCCAAUCCAAUAAAUCGUGUACUUUUUACAGCA